AUUCAGCACAGUUUAGCUGCAAAUCAACACAAGUAACCUGUGGGUUGUUGCCGUCAUGACUUCAGACAGCGACACAUUUUUCUCUAUCUGAUAGGUGCCUUCUUUGACUUGUUUGUCAGCUUGCGCCCAAUUCUCUUCUGAUAACAGAUUAUAUCAGGGCGAGAGCUUUAUAUUGUUAUACAGUACUCCCUCCGUCCGCAAAUACUUGUCCUCGAAAUGGUUGUAUCUAGACUUAUUUUAGUUAUAGAUACAUCCAUUGUAUCCAUUUCUAGGACAAGUAUUUCCGGACGAAGGGAGUACCAAAGUUGACUUGGUAAAACAAAAAUAAUGCCGAGUUAUCGGAAAGUAGUACUCCCUCCGUUCAAAUUUUGACCAAGUUUCUGUUCAGACUUUGCCAACUUUGACCAAGUUUAUAGAGAGAACUCUUUCUAUCUACAAUACCAAAUAUAUAAAAUAUGAAACUAUGUCUUAUGAUGAAUCUAGUGAUAUAUGUUUGUCACUCUAGAUGUAAAUGUUUUUCUCCACAAACUUGAUCGAAAUUAAGGUUUGACUUUUCAAAAAUUCUAUAUUCACUAUAUGAUGGAACGGAGGGAGUAUAACUUUAUAGAAUUGUCACUUAUUAGCAUUUAGCUAUUCCAGCAGAGAAGUGCUGGCCUGUUACUAGAAUCAAGUGUUUUUUUAUUGGUAAUCUGUCGCACUAGUCUUCGGUCGUUGCCUCGUGGAGCCUUCAUUCAACACAGUCUAGCUGCAAGUCAACACAAGCAACCUGUUUGCUGUUGCCAUCGUUACAGUGGCACGUUUUUCUCUCUGAUAGGUGCCUUCUUUGACUCCUUUGUCAGCUUGCGGCCAAUUUUCUUCUGAUAACAGACUAACUAUAUCAGGGCCAGAGCUUCAUAUUGCCAUACGUCCUCAGAGCACCAAAGUUGGCUUAGUAGUAAAACAAAAAUAAUGGCGAGUUUCGCAGCUCCGGUAUCCUCCAUGGAUGCAGCUGCAGCCCUUUGCCUUGUGCUCAUUCUAGCCACCACGACUACCUCUCCUGUCUAUGGGCAACAAACCAACAACGGCGGGUGCAUCACAAAGGAGAGGGACGCACUGCUGUCUUUCAGAGCUGGCAUCAGAAGCGAUCCACAGAACCUCUUUUCCUCUUGGAAUGGCCGAGAUUGCUGCCAGUGGAGCGGUGUCAGGUGCAGCAACAGGACAGGCCAUGUCGUCAAGCUCGACGUCCGCAACGGUCUCUUCUUGGACGAUAUCUAUCGUAGCUGGUACAGUGAAAAUCCUCAUGGAAUGCGUGGGAACAUAAGUUCUUCCUUAGUUGCUUUGCAUCAUUUGGAGUAUCUAGAUCUGAGUGGGAACUAUCUCAGUGGAGUGGAUGUGCCCAUACCCGGAUUCUUGGGCUCCCUCCAAAGCUUGAGAUAUCUCAACCUCUCUUCCAUGGAUUUUCAUGGUAAAGUGCCUCCUCAACUUGGUAACUUGUCCAGACUGCUAUAUCUUGACCUCAACAACAACUGGAAUCAUAAUUCUUAUGGCAUGAUGUUGCACAUCGAGGAUAUCUCAUGGUUGCUGCGUCUCGCUUUGCUAAGGUUUCUCGACUUGACUAGUGUGAAUCUUAGUGCCAUUGGCAAUUGGGUUCAAGUGGUUAACACGCUAUACAAUCUAAGAGUCCUUCGUCUCCGUCGUUGUGGACUUGUUUUUCCACAGACACCUACUGUGCAUUCUAACCUCACAUCACUUCAGAUUCCUGAUCUAAGUGAUACUGGGUUUCAUACCAUCAAUCCAACCUACUGGUUCUGGGAUGUUGGCACCAUCAUGCAUCUUGACCUUACGAAUAAUGAAAUCGCUGAAGCAUUUCCAGAUGCCAUGGGAAAUAUGACUUCGCUUGAGGUACUUCAUCUUGGAGGCAAUCAUCUCACUAGUAUAAAGCCGGAAGUACUGGGAAACCUGUGCUAUUUGAGAGUGCUAACACUCUGGUCAAAUCUGAUCAAUCAAGACAUUUCACAAUUUUUACAGGGGUUGCCUCACUGUGCAUGGAGUAAGAUGGAGUUAUUAGACAUGUCUUGCACAAAUGUCACCGGGGAAAUUCCAAGGUGGAUAAAUCAGUGGACUGAUUUGAGCACUCUUCAACUCUCCUCCAAUAGGCUUGAAGGAUCAGUGCCUUCAGAAAUUGGUAUGCUUGGCAAACUCAAACAGUUGUAUCUAGACGGCAACUAUUUUAAUGGUUCUAUAUCAGAGGAACAUCUUGACACUUUAGUCAACUUGGAGGAAUUGGACUUGUCUUACAACUCCCUACACCUGAUGAUCAGCUCAAAUUGGAUCCCCCCCUUUAAAUUGCGCCGGGCAUAUUUCCCACGCUGCAAAAUGGGACCUCAUUUUCCUCUCUGGCUAAAUUGGCAGAAGGGUGUUGUUUAUCUUGACAUUUCUGAUGCAGGCAUAGUUGAUAACCUCCCGGAUUGGUUUUGGAGUGUGGUUUCAAAUGUUCAAUACUUGAACAUCUCUUUUAACCAAAUCAGUGGCAGGUUGCCAAGGACUCUUGAGUUUAUGUCUUCAGCAGUGAUAUUUGAUCUGAACUCCAACAACCUCACUGGUACUCUGCCGCUGUUGCCAAGGCAAUUGGCAGAACUGGACAUUUCCAGAAACUCUUUAUCAGGGCCACUGCCACGAAACUUUGGAGCUCCGUUUAUUGAAGAGUUGUUGCUUUCUGAGAAUAGUAUCAAUGGCUCGAUUCCAACAUAUAUUUGUCAGCUGCAGUCACUAUUGGUACUGGAUUUAGCAAAGAACCUCCUAGCAGGACACCUCCCCGUCUGUUCAGAAGAAACUAAAAAACUGAAUAGAUCCAUUAGAGCUCUAGUCCUGUAUGAAAACAACUUGUCUGGUGAAUUCCCUUCAUUUUUGAAGAGCUGCUCAGAGUUGGUUCUGCUUGAUCUUGCGCACAACAACUUUGUCGGAGAGUUGCCGGCAUGGUUAGCAAACAAAUUGCCAAAUUUGUCCUACCUCCGGUUGCGGCAUAAUAAAUUCUCUGGCUCUAUUCCAGGUCAGCUCACCCAGCUUGAACACCUACAGUAUGUGGACCUUGCAGAUAACCGAAUAUCAGGAUCUAUACCUCAUUCGUUGGCCAACUUAAAAGCAAUGAUACAGGAGGACCAAACAAUUUGGAACCCCUUAGUGUGGAGUUAUGAAAGGCCAGCAAACCCUGACACGAAUGAUUCACCAAAAUAUGAUGACAGCUUAGCAGUGGUAAUUAAAGGCCAAGACCUUGAUUACACCAGCACUAUUAUUUAUAUAGUUGGCCUCGACUUGUCCUGCAACAGUUUGGUCGGAGAGAUUCCAGAUGAAUUGACUUCCCUGGUUAGAAUGAAUAACCUGAACAUCUCCCAUAAUCAGUUGUCCGGCAGGAUCCCGGAGAAGGUCGGUUCGCUACGGUCAUUGGAGUCUCUCGACCUGUCCUUCAAUGAACUCUCUGGCGACAUCCCUUCCGGUCUCUCGGACAUCAUGAUGUUAAGCAAGCUGAACUUGUCAUACAAUAACCUUUCAGGAAGAAUACCCUCAGGGAACCAGCUGCAGUCACUCAUCGACCCAGCAUCGUCGUAUAUCGGCAACAACUAUCUCUGUGGGACUCCUCUUUCGAGGAACUGCUGGGAGCCUGAUGUAACUAGAGGUGAUAUUGAGGAGCAUCAAGACGAGGCGAAGUAUUUCUAUCUUGGGCUGGCUGCAGGAUUUGUCUUUGGUCUCUGGCUGGUGUUCAUUAUCUUCUUGUUUCGUUCAUGUGGUGGGUUCGCAAUGUGCGGAGCAAUGCCAUCAUGCUGGGCACGACUGCCUGAAGCUCAAGGAUUGGCAUUGCAGCUUCGUCGUGGGUGAAACCAAGACCGGUGAUGAGCUGAACUUAGCAUUGCUGUUGUUGGAACUAGCGUUGAUGCAGUGUGCGUGAUGGUGUGAUGCGGAGCCAUGCCAUUGCGCUCAACACGGUUGCCUGAAGGAUUGGUGCUGCAGCUUCGUCGUGGGUGAAACCAAGACCGGUGAAGAUCAUGCAGCUGAACUUAGCAUUGCUGGUGGUGGAACUAGUCUUGGUACUGUACUAAUAUUACUGCAUGAUGUUGUGAUUUGGACAGUUUAAAAUAUAAGGGCAAUUAAAAUGAUUGUAAGCCACACCUUUUCGAAGAUGUGGAUUGUACUGUUUGUAUUGAUUAUUUCAAAGUUGUCUAGAUUGUUUUAGAUGGUGGUGGUGUCUAAAUUGUUUUAUUCUUGAUACUAUACUACCACAUGAUGUUGUUUAAACUGUUUUAGACGGUGUUGUUGUCUAAAUAGUUUCACUAUAAGUUUUUGAAAUUGUUUA